AUGUCUUCUUCAACCUCGACUCCGACUGCUGGCGCUGCCCAUGCCUCUUCCCCAACCGGUGCCCGCUUGCCCUACGAGCUAUGGGAGCAAAUAUUCCUCGAGUGCAGCGACUACAAGUCAGCGCAAAACCUGGCGCUCAGCUGUUCCUUCACGUACGGUGUGUACAAAGACAACAAGAAGAAAAUCGACAGGGCCACACUCAAUGAGAACAUGCCCCUGGGGAUGGCGGAGAAACACACCGCUAUCCGCUCGUUCGACAUUACCCACGCCGCCAUGAUGGUCCGCGAGGGCAGCAUCUUUGAGCACAGCUGUUACGGCUUCGACGAAUACCGGAGCAUCUGUGAUCGUCUGGGAUAUGACCUCGGGGUCAACGACCUCCCCACGUUGUACAAGGUCCCCGGGAUCCUCACCCAUACUCGCGAGCUUCUCGAAGAACUCAAGAGGGGCAAGUAUGUCAACGGUCCCGACACGGUAACUUCAUGGUGUACCCUACUCGCCGUCGUCGCAUGGACCCGCGUCCGCCCGCGUCUAUCCAAGAACAGAAAGGGCUUCGUUGAGGAAGCCACAGAUACCUUCUGCCGGAUGCAAGGUGCGGACGUCUUGCUCAAGCUUCCGGAAUACGCCCGAGCCGUCGCCAAAGCUUUGCGAAACCGAAACCGACGCAAUACUCCGGGAUUCAAGUACCUCAUGGGUCGAUGCUACAGCUCUACCCAAUCGCUUGCAGCCCACCUCGACAACCUCGCUGUGGUGGCUGUCCAGGUUCAGGAGAGCGACGAGGAUGACAACGACGACUACGACUACAACGGCUACAACGGCUGGUAUGAGGGCUCUGAUGGGGAUGGAGGGGAUAACGAGGAACAAUUGUAUGAUUAG